AUGGAAGAUACAUCGCAAGAUAUUGAUUUCACUAGGACCCCCGGGCAGGGCACAUUAGGGCGCCUUGUUCGCGUUCGCACCAACUAUUUCAAUAUGUCACUACCUGAAAGAAGCAUCGUACAUUACGAUGUAACAAUAACACCCCAAGUUCCUCCUACUCUAAACCGGAAGGUUUACAGAGUCUUCGAGGAACAAUAUAAGGCAGACGCCCUUGGCAACGCGAGACCUGUUUUUGAUGGUCAAAAGAAUAUGUUUGCGCCUCGUCCCCUCCCUUUUGGGGAUUCUUAUACUUUUAAUGUCACAUUGGACGAGGAUUUACGCAGAAGGGUUCCAAACACCUUCAGAAUACACAUCAAAAAAAUCAAAGAGAUCAACCUCAGGGAUCUAUAUGAUUUCCUUGAUGAUAAAGGGAAGUUAACCAAAGAUUGUUUGACAGCGAUAAUGGCAUUAGAUGUGCUAAUUCGUCAUCGUCCAUCGAUGCUGUACCCGACGAUUGGUCGCUCAUUUUUUAUAAAAAAUAUGUCGCGAGCCCUUUCAGGAGGUUUAGAGGUGUAUCAGGGCUUUUAUCAGUCCGCACGUCCGACUGUGGGACGUAUGUUAAUUAACAUUGACGUAAGCGCAACCGCUUUCUUUGCAUCGGGCUCACUGAUUCGAGUAGUGGCCAAUAUAUUAGGCUACGGUCCCGAUGAUCUUCGAAGAGGUUUCUCUACGAGAAACAUUUUAAUGGUCGAAAGGAUUAUAAAAAGUUUAAAGAUCCGUGUUAUUCAUCGGGGCGAUCAGGUGUCAAGGCGCCGAUAUAAGAUAACCGGGUUGACUCAAACCCCGGUCAAGAGUACUUUUUUUGACAUUCAAGGUCAACAGGUCGACGUUGCGACCUAUUUUCACCAGACGUAUCACCAACGGUUAGAAUUUCAAAAUCUUCCUUGUGUGAUCGUAAGACAAAACACGUACUUUCCUAUGGAAGUUUGUGAGGUCAUCGAGGAACAACGCUAUAUGCGAAAGUUGAACGAAAAGCAGACGUCGGAUAUGAUCCAAUUCGCAUGCCAAACACCCAAUGAUCGUUCUAAUACGAUCCUCCAAGGGAAGGAUUUACUGGACUAUCGUGCCAACGAACACUUACAACAAUUCGGCGUAAGAGUAUCGAACGAAAUGAUCACGGUGAAUGCCCGUGUAUUGCCGGUCCCAGCGGUUGAAUAUGGAAAUUCUUCGGAAAUGCCGACUAACGGUGCAUGGAACCUACGGGGCAAAAAAGUAGCUACUGGUGCUACUCUCGGCUCAUGGUCGGUAUUAGUAUUUCUUCCCGAAAAUCGAUUCAAAAUCCAGACGGUACGGGAUUUCGUCAGACAACUGGUGACAACAUGCGACGAAACUGGGAUGAACAUCCCAAACAAAAUCCCCCCCAUUGAAUAUGCCAAUCCUCAAGGCAAUAUUGAGGACUAUCUAAAAAGGUCCUGGUUGGCUGCCGGGAACAAUGCUAAAUCAACGCCCCAGCUGAUUUUAUGCAUCCUCCCAGACACCGGCAAGCCAUUAUACGCGGAGAUAAAACGCGUCAGUGAUACGGUGAUUGGUGUUGCGACACAGUGCUCCCAGUGUAAGCACAUGUCCCGUGUCAAUAAACAAUAUCUGGCCAACCUGUGCCUAAAAAUAAACGUCAAAUUAGGAGGCAUGAAUUCCUUUUUAAAACCAUUAUAUAUUCCGUUUAUCGCGGAUAAGCCAACAAUUGUCAUGGGUGCUGACGUGACACAUCCGCCACCAG